UCCAAUUCGAUCCUUCCCCAGCGAGCCAGUGCUUUGUACAUCAAACACCACUCUCUUCCUCCUAAGUGCUGCUUUUGUUACAUGCAUUAAUUACAUCAUAUCCUAUUUCUACUGUUUCACAAUUCCUUCCUUCUCUUAGAAUCAGAACCAAAAUUGCACAUUAUUGUCCAUCUGAUUCCAAUUUUCACUCGGAAUUUAACUUCUUUUACACUCACUUUUUUGCUCCUGCAUCCUGACACACGGUUCGUAUAAAAUUAAUUAGGAUUAAUUUUGAUCUUCGUAUAUAAUGUCGUUUUGUCCACCCUAAAGUAGUGGUGAAAAUUCUACUGUUAAAAAAUGGCCAUCAAUUAUGAUUUUCAUUUGUGAGAGUUAACAAAUGGCGGAGCCAGGAGACAGGGACGUGAUUAUAGGAAGAGGUGAUGGAGAAGAAGAGUCAUGUUCUGGUUUUCAGGGAUUGAGGUUUGAUAUUGGUGGUGGUAGUAGUAGUAGUAGUGGUAAAAGUAGAACCAAAAGUUUUCAUCCUCCUAUUGAAACGCACUGGGAUCUGAAUUCAGCAGCAGGGAAAAAGACUUCGUCCCCUAUCAAAUCAUUAUUGUCUUACCCGCUCAUGAAAUUUAGGAAGACUAAAAGCCUUAUAAUGAUUCUAGAAGGAGCUCGUGAUCCUAAGGAUAAACAAAUUGUUGAGUCUUUUCGCCAAAUGCUUUUACGAGAAGGUCUCUUGCCACCCAAACACGAUGAUUAUCAUACUCUUCUAAGGUUUCUGCGCAUGAGGGAUUUCGACAUGUUAAAAUCCAAAGAGAUGUUUCAAAACUAUCUCAAAUGGCGCAAGGAUUUUCGAGUGGACGUGCUUUCAAAGGAAUUCAAUUUCACGGAGUACGAUGAAGUGAAGAAAUGCUAUCCUCAUGGAUACCACGGAGUUGAUAGAUACGGCAGACCCGUGUAUAUUGAGAGAAUUGGGAUGGUAGACCUUAACAAACUGGGGCAAGUAACCACAUUUGAAAGGUUUAUCAAACAUCAUGUGUCAGAGCAAGAAAAAACUCUCAAAGUAAGAUUCCCUGCAUGUUCACUAGCUGCUAAAAGGCACAUAGCAUCCACUACAAGUAUCUUGGAUGUCAACGGAGUAGGAAUAUCUAAUUUCUCAAAGCCUGCAAGAUACCUCUUUAUGGAAAUUCAGAAAAUCGAUAGCUGUUACUAUCCUGAGACUCUAAAUCAGCUCUUUAUUAUUAAUGCCGGAUCUGGGUUUAGGAUGCUGUGGAAAGCAGUAAAGACAUUCCUAGAUGUACGCACAGUGGCAAAAAUUCAUGUGUUAGGUUUCAAUUAUCUCAGUGUCCUGCUUGAGGCUAUUGAUUCAAGUAAUUUGCCAACUUUUCUGGGUGGUAAUUGCACAUGUUCUGAUUAUGGAGGUUGUCUGAUGAGUGAUCGAGGGCCCUGGAAAAAUCCAGAAGUGUUAGAAAUGAUUCAGGUUGUUAAUUUGAGAGAAGAGAUUGAUGGUAAAAGCGAAGAUGGUGAUGUGGAUAUAGAAGAUUCCUCGAUGCCCAAAAAGGUUGAUAUGCAAAACAAAGAUGGCAAUUCUCUCAGUCUACUUGAGGAAGCAGCAUGUGCGGGAUCUGACUCGGCAUGUUCUUGUAGAUUAGCAUUGCAAAAAAUUGAUUGCCUUGAAGCUAGUCUUGGAGACAUCAAGAAUAAAAUCAAGACACUGGAAGAUGUACUUCAGGACACCAAGAUGGCCUUGAUAGAACAUGCACAACAUGAGGAACGACCAAAAAUGUAAAAGUGGCUACCGUUAACACUGUUGCAGUGAGUUAAUUGAUUUUUUCCCCUCAAUUUCACUUGUAUAUUAUUAGAUUAAAGUUCAGCAGACUCUGCAAUAUUAAUAUCCUAACAUGGUUGUUGUACAAAACUCUACCAAAGAAUUGUUGUCGUGCAAAAAGAAGAAAUAAAAUAAAUUUAAAUGCAGGAAUAUAUUUCUUGGUGA